UCCUGUGACGUAUCGGAAGUAGGAAGUCUACUUCUGAGCAUCUGGAAGAUAUUUAACUAGGAAUUGUAGAGCGCUAUGGACGUAUUGAGGCCAGCACUUAUUAACAUCAAUGGGAGGAUUUAUCGAAAAAAUGCCGUUAAAGAGGAACAUUAUGAAGAUGAAGAGGAGGAAGCUUUCUCAUACUCUGGACCAGUCAGUGACCAGUGCAUGGAUGAAACUUGUGACACGGACAACAUUGAGCAGACAGAAAAGGGUUUCCGCUGUGCCAUAGACGUCCCGAGUGUUCUUUACAAGUACAUCAUCGGAAAGAAAGGCGAGACACGGAGACGACUGGAAGCAGAGACUAAAACUACAGUCACUAUUCCCAAACCCGGAGUAGAGGGACCAAUAGUGAUCACAGGCUCUCAUAAGGCAGCCGUGGCAUCAGCCGUAACACGCGUCGAGGUUUUGAUCGAGAGCUUCCGCAGGAAACAGCCGUUCAGUCACUUCAUAUCAUUCGCUCUGAACCACCCACAGAUACAGGAAGGGUUUAAACGCUUUAAAGAGGCUGUGUUGGAACACUGCUCUAAGGAUAUGGGAGUAGAUGCGAGUAUCUUUCAAAAUCAUCUAAAGCUGCACCUCACCAUAGGAACCCUUGCCCUCCUAAAUGAACAGGAAGUGAUGCGAGCAUCAGAGAUUCUCACACAGUGUCAGGAUUUCAUAAGAGACAUAACAGAGGGAAAGCCUUUAGAUCUGGAGGUAAAAGGAAUCGAGUACAUGAACGAUGAUCCCUCACUGGUGGACGUCCUGUAUGCUAAAGUCCGUCUUCAGGAUGGCUCUGACAAACUGCAGCAGAUAGCAGACAGGCUGGUGGAGUGUUUUAUAGCAGCGGGACUGAUGGUGAAAGAGUGGGACAGAGUAAAACUUCACGCCACUCUCAUGAAUACACUGUUCAGGAAUGAUCCCUCAGUGGAGGAUAAAGGAGGUGCAGGAAGGCCCGGUAUGAAAGAUCGAGAAGCUUUUGAUGCCAGGAACAUUUUGGAGAGAUUUAAGGAGUUUAAUUUCGGUAAAUGUCAGUUGGACUCGGUGCAGCUCUCUCAGAGAUUCUCCUCUGACUGUACAGGAUACUAUUCAUCUUCUGGGAGAGUCACCUUCAUCUGAUCUGUCUGUUCUGUAUACCCAAACACACACACACACACACACACACACACACACACACACACACACACACACACAUACACACACUUAUUGAAACAAAUAGACUGACAGUGAGUAUUAUUUAUUAUGAAGUGUAUAUAUCCCACCAUUGUGGGUAAUUUUACACAAUCAAAAAUAAUUACACAUUGAAGCCUUAAAGGUUUUCUUUAUGGAGAAAUUCUUAAAGGUUCCCUUUUAGGUUGGACGAACCCUUGAACCCUUUUAGGUAAGAAUGUUUCUAUCCAAAGCACCCUGAAAAUGUAUAUUUUCUAGGAGAGUAAACUGAAUGUGCUGUUCCUGAUAUCAGUUGUGCAUAAUAUAUAUAAAUAAAUAUAAAUAAUUACAUUAAAAUUCAUUUAUGUAUCA